ACUUUUUCUUCCCGACUAACUCUCAUCUGAAAUGCCUCGCAGACCAUCUAAAAAGUCAAAAUCUGCUGGCAAACCGCGUAACACUAAACGUCCGGAUGCUAAAAUUAACAAAUGGAAUGAUAGGUCGGACAUACCCAUGGAUGAAGAAGACCAGUUCCAUGCAUCUAGGGACCAAAUUCUGCUCAAUAAUGAUGAGGAAGAGGAUGAUGGUGACAUAGAUGACGAUGAAGUGUUUGCGCUACAAAUGGAGGAUGAAGAAGAUGAAGAGAGUGAAGUUAUGGAGGAAAAUGAGAAUCAGUCAAGUCGGGCAUCUCCUAAAGCGGCCAAGUCGAAACAGAAAGCUACUGCGAAAGGGAAGGGAAAAGGAAAAGAAAGCCAGCUAGAGUCAUCAGACGACGACGACGAAGAGGAGGAAGAAACUUGGGGAUCAGGGAAAGCCGCCUACUACUCGUCGAAUGCCGCGCAAAUAGAAUCAGACGAUGAAGAGGCCCUCCAGCUCGAAGAACAAGAAGCGAAACGACUUCAAGCAAAGGCAAGAGACGAUAUGAACGACGAAGACUUUGGGUUGGAAGAUUCUAUAGAGGCCAACGUAACUGGUGGAUCUGAUCAUUUGGACGAAGAAUUUGUUCCAGUUCAACCUGUUCUCCAGGACAAACCUUCGAUCCUCCGCCACCUUCAGAAGACGGAUCCAGAAUGUUUGGCUCUAGCUGGAGACUGGACAGACUCGGCGACCACCCUCAUGAAAACUAAACAGAAGCUAGAAAAAUUAGAAGCUGAAGGAGGAUCCAAGAAUCCUAUUUCUUUAGGAAUGAUGCAUCUACACUAUCAGACUCUUUUAACAUAUACCACGACUCUUGCAUUCUACUUGUACCUUCGAGCAUCACAAAAGUAUGCUCAGAAGCCAGAAUUACUAAGGUCUCAUCCUGUAAUGCAGCGACUGCUGAAAUUAAAACAAUCCCUCAUCACUCUCGAGGAUUUGAACUUUGCAGUUUCUGAUGAUGAUGACUCAGGAGACGAGGAGGAAGAGGAGGAAAAUGAAGAAGACGAUAUUAUGCAGGACGCGAGGCAACUCUGGGAAAGAGAGCAUAGUAAUGAGGAUGAGGAUGAGGACGUCGAUUCGGAUGAGCUAGACCAACUCCUUGCUGAUGCUCGUUCAAUUACUAAUUCCAAUUCGAAUCGGGUCAUCAUCCAACCCAAGGCGCCAGCACUUACACAUCCUCCAAAAAAGAAACGCAAAACCGAUUCGGAAUCUGAAAAGUCUUCUCUAUCUAUGUUCGACCUCGUCGAACCAGAAUUCGUAUCGUCCAAAACCACAUCUUCCACCUCCCCCUAUGCAGCCGCGGAUGCAUUCGGAGAAGCAACUUCCCUUCAACACGCUGAUGCCGCAGACAAAAGUGCACGUCGAAAGACCCUUCGAUUCCAUACAUCUCGUAUCGAGAGCGCUAAUGCGAGACGCAGUAAUGCACGAUCCAACGCCCUCGGAGGGGAUGAUGACAUACCUUACCGCGAGCGUAAAAAGGAUAGGGAGGACAGGCUUGCACGAGAGGCGGCGGCUCGUGUGCGUACGCAGGGUGGUGCGGAUCUGGAUGAUACCGAACCGGAACCGAGGAGACCAGAUGACAACGAUGGCGACGGUGAUGAAGAGAUGGAGGGUGCGAAUGGUUAUUAUGAUUUGGUCAAGAAACAAGUUAAGGAGAAGAAGGAGCGAAAGAAAGCGGAGUAUGAAGCCUCAAGGGCUGAUCGCUUUGUGGAAGAAGCAAGCAAUGGACCCCGGUCAUUGACGCGCGCGAUCCUGGCGAACAAGGGUCUCACACCUCAUAGACCGAAGAGUGUACGCAAUCCUCGUGUCAAAAAGAAAAUCAAUUUCGCCAAAGCUCAGAGGAAGGUUGCUUCACAGAAGGCAGUGUAUAAGGGAGGGGUCAACGCUACUGGCGGUCGUUACGAGGGUGAGAAAUCUGGUAUAUCGAAGGUUGUUAAGAGUGUUCGUUUGGGUUAAAAACUUCAGUACAUAUCACGAUAUCAGGAAAGAUUUCAAUGUCAUAUCAUUGCGGAGAUGCACCACCGUGCUAUCUAUUCCAUUAUCUCUAUUCCAUUAUCGUCCCGUUGUAACUGCGCGUGCUGUACGGCGGCUUCUGAAGCCCGUUGAUUGUCAUAGUGGG